AAACCAUUAAUGUGUGUUGGCACACACUCCAAGACCUGGCUGUACACAUUCCACGGGAGCUUUUCUACGAGCUGUACCAUUGUGUAUAUUACCUGUGUUCAUGCCUGGUAAAACAUUCAAGAUAAGUGAAAAUAACCUCAGGGAUAAAUGAUACAAUGUGGUGCUUAAAAAUAAUGGAAUGGGAAAUGUGAUAUACAAGUUAUUUGUAAGUUUGAGAGGUGUUUCAUGUUCAUGGUGAACUUCAUUUUGGAUUUUUCUUUCUCUCAAUACGCCGAUUCAAGUUACUAUGAUGCUAUCCACCGAGGUUGUCAGUGUGUUGCUGAUAGUCCAGUUUGUUUCCCUUGCGGUAGGGCAAGAUAAUAUGGACUGUGAUGACACGCGACCGUGUAUGAACGAGAAUGGCGUUGUAUGUAACAACGCCGGCAGAUGCGUUUGUGGAAUGUGCCAGUGUAACAAACAAACGUUAUCUGGCCAGUUCUGCGAAUGUGACAGUAUGUCGUGUCCAUAUUAUAACGGAAAACUGUGUGGCGGGCUGGGUCGGUGCGAGUGUGGGAUGUGCGUCUGUGCGCCUGGGUGGACGGGUGAUAGCUGUCAGUGUCCGGUCAGCCCGGAGGCAUGCAUCGCGACUGGCGCCGUUGAUUUAUGCAGCGGCCGGGGUACCUGCGAUUGUGGGCGAUGCAAGUGUGACGGUGAAUCCACCGGAGAGUUCUGCGAAGAUCAUCCGGAUGAGUCCGGGGACUGUAUAAAAUUUAGAGACUGUGUGGAGUGCAAGACUUUUGGAACCGGAAAUUUGACCGGAAAGGAAUGCGUGAAAUGCAGUGACCAAUACAACAUCGACAUAUCUAUCGUAGACAGUAUAAAGCUCGAAGAUCUCCGAGUGAAAGGCUUUCCUUGUUUGUUAUACACAGACGAUGGCUGUGUAAUGUACUUUCUAGUUGCGAAACCGGAAGAUGGUCGGCAGAAGAUCACCGCGGACGGAACAUGCAAGGCUAUUGGUGAUUAUGACUAUAAAGAUUACGAAACGUCCACGCAUGACUACGUGAAUCCACCACGGCGAGGAGACUUUCCGCCGGAAGAAGAUAAAUCCGGAAAUGCCGAUAUGCCAAGGGAAGAGAAGAGCAGCAAAAACCGCUCAGGCGCGUCCAGUCUUGUAUUCCAUGUGACUGUUUGGUAUAUCAGUGUAUUUUUUGCCUUUUUCAUUAAGUUUUCCUUUGUCAAAUGAUGUAUGCCCGUCAUCUAUACAUUCUGCUUGCUUUUUCUAAGCAUGUAUUAUGCUAGUACUGUGUUACAUACAAAACUCAUAGAGAUCAAUUUGAUUUACUUCGGCUUAACGAGUUUAAAAACAAGGACUGGAUAUUAUGCAUUACAUUUUGAUAGUAUUUAAUACAUCUAUGUGUAUCACAUAUAUGUUAUUUAAACACUUUGUAAAUCAUUUUUGUCUUUGUAAAUCAUUUAUUUUGUAGCCAUAAAUAUUUGAAAAUC